AUUUUGAUGGCCCAAAAAGAUCAGCAACAUUUUACAGUGUUUAAAAUCCGUCGUUGUUUCCUGUGGAACAACCAGUACUUCCAGUUGGAUGUCUACCAGGAGCCUGCACCUCCCAGGUGCAAGGGUUUGAUCCUUCUGGAGACAUUCACUACCGAGCGGGAUACACCCACCUUUCCCAGCUUCCUCACCAUUGAGCGGGAGGUGACCAAUGACCCAAACUAUUCCAUGUUCAACCUGUCCCAGAAGGGGGACUUGGUGCAUGAUGUUGACUCUCUGGAUGAUGACUCCUUCGCCUCCUUUGCUUUAAUGAAUCAACCAUCAGCAGAUAACUAA